AAUGAUCGUAUUAAUAGCAGGUACAUACCUAUAUCGCACUCCGAAAUUAGUUCCAGUGGGUAAUCCACAGAAUGUUGUUGAGCGCUAAUCAAUAUUUUCAUCAAACUGAAUAAAUAACACAAACAAGGGGUCUCUGCAUUAUGCGUAAUUACAGUCUUUUUUGACAGAUGUAGACUUUUCUAUGGCUCAAGACGUAUGAACGUAGCUUAAUAAUCUGUUGACAACAACGCCACCACCACAACAAACGGAGGUUUCAGAAAACUAUCACCGUGCCAUUACCUUCACUUUUCCAAAGAUGUACAUUGCUAUUCGAAAAAUUGCACAAUGUAUUCCAACAGUAACUCGUGGCUAUGCUUCGGAUUUAAAGACAAUCGUUAAGUGGCCCCGCAAAGUGUUUUCCGGAGUGCAGCCAACCGGUACUCUCCAUAUCGGCAACUAUCUCGGUGCCAUUAAACGAUGGGUGGAUCUACAGAAUGCCGGUGAAGAUGUCACCUACUGCAUAGUGGAUCUUCAUUCGAUUACUCUGCCUCAGGAUCCGGAAGUGCUUCGCCAUAAUAGCCUUCAGAUGGCGGCCACUCUUCUAGCAUGCGGGAUAGAUCCUGUCAAAGCCACUCUCUUUCUGCAAUCUGGUGUUCCUCAGCAUACAGAGCUGUCGUGGAUUCUUGGAUGUAUGACCACGAUGGCUAGAUUGACACAUUUACCGCAGUACAAGGAAAAGUCGGCUAAGCUGAAAGAAAUUCCGUUAGGAUUGUAUGUUUAUCCCGUACUGCAGGCAGCUGAUAUAAUGCUCUACAAAGCCACACAUGUUCCGGUUGGGGAGGAUCAGGUUCAACAUUUACAAAUGGCCCAGUCGCUAGCAAGGGCCUUCAACAAUCGAUUUGGCACGACAUUUCCAUCGUGCGAGGCAAUCCUUUCCGAUGAUGAAAGUAGCCGUCUAAAAUCGUUAAGAGAUCCAAGCAAAAAGAUGUCCAAAUCCGAUUCGGAUCCAAAAAGCUGUAUUAUGCUAACAGACGAACCUAAAACUAUAGUGGAAAAAAUAAAGAAAUCUGUUACUGAUUUUACUUCGGAGGUAACAUACGACCCGGAAGCUCGCCCGGGAGUUUCUAAUUUAGUCAUAAUCCACUCACUAGUUUGCGGUAAAUCUCCAAAAGAAAUAUGUGAGGAGGCAAAAGGUUUGAAUACCGGUCAAUACAAGCUACUAGUGGCUGAUGCACUCGUGGCUAAGCUUACCCCGAUUCGGGACAAUAUCGAGAGAUAUAUGGCCGAUCCUGAUUACUUGGCCGCAGUUAUUGAGGACGGCUGCGACAGGGCACGGUCUGUAGCCGAAAGAACAUUGCUGGAAGUGAAAGAUAAAGUUGGAAUGAAUGCAUUCAAUGUUGCACGAAGGCAGACGUUGAAAGAAGGACGAAGAGAUGAAAAGCUGUUAAAUUCUGGGAUUAAACGGUAAUAGA